AUGAAUGUACCUUACCUUGUCGAUGAUUGUCUAUACCACUUAGCGCAACAUAUAACUGACAUUGACACUUUAUAUAAUUGUCUUUAUGUUAAUCAUUUCAUGUGCAAAAGCGUAAUUCCGAAAUUAUGGUCUCGAGCUUUAUUUAAAGCAAAACGAAAAGAUUUACUAAUUAGGACUUACCUUUCAUGCUUAAAUGAAGAGGAGAAGGCGAGUUUAAUUCCUUUUAACAUCAAUCUAUCCGAUGUCAACCAGCACCCAUUCCUUCAAUAUGAGAAGUACAUGGAAUCCUGCAAUAAUGUUGUUCUUGAAGGAGCAGUUCAUGAUUGGCUAAAGCUAACGUCAACUCAUCGCGUCGAUCGGAAAGAUUUAAGGAUUAAACAAAUCUCACGUGCACUCUGGAUAAUGUUUUUAUCAAGAUGCCAUAAUUUCAAGUCUUUCUUUUAUGAUAUCUCUGAAUGGUCAGAUGUUGAGUUUGACUUUCCCGAGGGUUCGAUGACAUUAAAUGUUAAACCUAGUCUGUCAAACCUUCAAGUUCUUACUUUGUGCACAAAUGGUGGACUGAAUGGUUCUAGAGAGAUUGAGGGCCCGUUAAAUUUCUUAAAAAGCAUACCCUCAGUUUGCUCAAAUAUCCAAGAACUAGGAAUUUAUGAUGUUGAUUCGGGAGUGGACAAUGGAUUAUUCAGCGACAUCAUCAAAUCUCAGCGUAGUAUCAAGUCAUUGAGUUAUAUGGGAAGCACUCAUAGUGUCAUUCCGUCAUUGAAAGUCCACAAGAAUUCCUUGACUCAAUUAGUGUUCUUCAGUUCGACCAUUGGUUCAUUGGAGGCACUCACGUAUUUAGAGUGUUUAGAAUCAUUAGAUAUUUGCGAUUGCAUUUUUACCGUAAAUGGUGAUCAUAUUUUGUCUUCAAUUUUUCGUAAUCUUAAAGAACUGAGCUUGAUGAAAAAUAACUUAAAGCCGGACACUGUGGCCGAAAUUAUAAAGAAGACUGGGCACACCUUAAAGAGAUUAAUAUUAGAUGUUAUCACUUUAGAAACUAUGGUAGCAGCAUCACAAUAUAUUCAAGACAUUGUUCACCUUGGAGUUUCCGUCAAUUUUGAAAUUCCUCCGAUUUUCUUUUUUUGGAUUAAAAAAUUGAAACUUGAACGUUUGAUCUUUUUUGAGAGUUCAAUCAGUUAUUCUAAUACCUUUAUGCGGGAUUUGAGGAUGAACCUACCACCAACCAUUACAGAGUUGAGCAUGGACUUUUUUAAUCCUACUGCAACCGAAUUAUCGAAUUUUAUGGACAGUUGCGAAGCACCAUUGAGAUCUUUGGUCUUGCGGUUUAAUAGCAAGCAUAUUGAUCUUUAUCUUAAAGUACUUGCUGUCAUUGUGCCCAUGAUGAAAACCCUGAAAACCCUGUCCUUUACAAAUUCGCCACGUAAUAUUAUAUGGAGGGAUGCACAAAAACAGUACAUAGAUACUAUAAAAGAAAGUGGUGUUGAAAUUUUGACAAAAAGAUACGAAAUUUAUAUACGUGACGUUUGGUAA